AUAAUUCACGCAAUUUCGAGGAGACGGGGAGCUGCACUAGCGGCGCCCUCAACGGUGGAGACAGUAGCCGAUAUAAAUGAGACAAAUGAGACAUCCGCCAAAGAAAGUCCGGCGAUCUAUUAUAUAAAGAUGCUUUGUUACCUCGAUCUAGGUCAAUAUUAAUGUGUUCCAUUACGGUGCUCGCCAUCCUCUUAGCCCCUCUAGGGGUCUUUGCCUCUUCCGACUCCCCUAACCCUCCAAGCGGUACCAUGGCUUUGCCUUCUGUCGAACCGCCAAACAUGGUACACGAUGCUGUAGAAACCAUUGCCACGCCACAACCAUGCGCAUUCAUAAACCCACUACCCAGCGAGGAAGAGACUCGGACGCGAUUCGACCAGUUCGCCAACGCUUUCAUGGUAAAGCACAACCUCACGGAAGCGUUCGAAUACGUAUCCUCAAUAUACAUAAAUCACUCCCCCCUUUCACCGGGUGACGGUCCUGAUAUCGCUCUAUCUACCUUGUCCACGUUUUGGGACCACAUACAGAUCACACCCCUCCAUCAAAAAUUCGAAGGAAACAUGGGAUGGAUCAAUUAUAAUGCCAUGCCUAAGGGUGUAAUCACAGACCGGUUCAGAUGGGAGGCAGGCUGUAUUGUUGAACACUGGGAUGAAGACCAGUUCCCUAAUAAAUGAGCUAUAUAUGAGAUGAGAUAGUCUUAUUGGCGGUGAUCGAUAGAUAGUGGCUUGGUGACUCGGGCGGUGAUUUGACGAUUGAUGCGGUAUAGAUCUGAUCCUUUUGUCUUAACUUGUUAAGCUGGAGCAGAUUAGGUACUGUAGGUGCUUGCGUAUCACAAUUUGAUUGGCGCCGUAAGGGGUGGCUAGAUGUGCGUCAUCUUACUUGAUGUCUUAGACCAGUAUGUGUUCAUGUUAUAUUAGCUUGGAUGUGAGUAACCAUACAGAUGUACGUAAACCUUGC